AUGGAUUCACAAAUCUUUGCUAAGAAAGAAGAGGAUAGAUGCCCUGGAUGUAACAAAAGUAGUAACGGCGACUUGUGUACAGAUUGUUUUUCUAAACAAUUUCUGCCUGUUAAUAGCGGAAAUUUCGAAAUUGACAAUUUAAUUAAAGAAACACAUGGAAAUAAUAUUCGAUUUAGAUUAGAAUGGAUUCCAUUUGAAGAUUUUACGGAUGCUCGAAAAAUUGCAGAGGGUGGAUUCGGCAUUGUAUCUAUCGCUAAAUGGACAAAAGGAAGAAUUACUAGUUACUCCAGAGGAAAACUUAAUAGGAAAGGUUCUAUGAAAAUUAUAUUAAAAGUCCUUAAAGAUUCUCAAAAUAUAAACUCGGAAUUUAUAAAGGAAGUAGAGUAA